AUGGCGGACCAACAUGAGGUCGACCUUGACUCGAUAAUCGACCGCCUCCUCGAGGUUCGUGGAAGCCGUCCCGGUAAGCAGGUGCAGCUUCUCGAGGCCGAGAUCCGCUACCUGUGCACCAAGGCUCGUGAGAUCUUCAUCUCCCAGCCCAUUCUUCUUGAGCUUGAGGCUCCCAUCAAGAUCUGCGGUGAUAUCCACGGACAAUAUUACGACUUGCUGCGUCUCUUCGAGUAUGGCGGCUUCCCUCCCGAGGCCAACUACCUCUUCCUGGGUGAUUACGUCGAUCGUGGCAAGCAAUCGCUCGAGACCAUCUGCUUGUUGCUCGCCUACAAGAUCAAGUACCCCGAGAACUUCUUCAUUCUCCGCGGCAACCACGAGUGCGCCUCCAUCAACCGUAUCUACGGUUUCUACGACGAGUGCAAGCGCCGCUACAACAUCAAGCUAUGGAAGACAUUUACGGACUGCUUCAACUGCCUGCCUAUCGCCGCUAUCAUCGACGAGAAGAUUUUCACCAUGCACGGCGGUCUCAGCCCUGAUCUGAACUCCAUGGAGCAGAUUCGCCGCGUCAUGCGACCCACUGACAUUCCUGAUUGCGGUCUUCUCUGCGAUCUGUUGUGGUCUGAUCCCGACAAGGACAUCACAGGCUGGAGCGAAAACGACAGAGGUGUCUCUUUCACUUUCGGUCCCGACGUUGUGUCCCGGUUCCUCCAGAAGCACGAUAUGGAUCUGAUCUGCCGUGCCCACCAAGUCGUGGAAGACGGCUACGAGUUCUUCUCCAAGCGCCAGCUCGUGACCCUGUUCAGUGCACCGAACUACUGCGGAGAAUUCGACAAUGCCGGAGCCAUGAUGAGUGUGGACGAGAGCUUGCUCUGCUCGUUUCAGAUUCUGAAACCUGCUGAGAAGAAACAAAAGUACGUCCCUGGUGGUUUCGGAGGCAACAGCCGACCCGUCAUCUCUCCCCGGAAGUCCGCUUCCAAGUGA